GUUGUACGCUUCACUACGUCAUUUUCAGCUGUGCCUGGGGUUAGACGGACGUAAUUUAAAAAGUCUAGAUAGGUAUAAGACAGGUUUUGAAACAUGGCAACCAUGAGGGGAUCAGCCAGACUCUUUAGAACCGUUCGCCCAGCCUUUUCACAAGGUCAACGUCGUUUGGCGAGUACCGGAAGUGGAGCAGGCGCAAAGUCAUGGCGCCCCCUGGUGCUAGGCGCAAUGACGGCGGGAGUAGGUGCUUUCGGGGCGUACAAGUACGUAUGGGAUGACAGGAAAGACAUGAUCAAGGACCUACAGUCCCUAGCGCCUCAGCCAGUACAUGCUGCUAACGCCCCAGAGGCCCAGCCCUCGGUAUGGUCAGGUGGGAAGAACAACGCCCUGUACCUCUGGAUCCACCUAAAACCCACCGCCAACACCAAGGAGGUAGCCAAGGUAGCCGCGAAACUACAGAAGUUUGUAGACCAAGUCGUUGAUCCCAAGAUGAAGGACGAAGAUGAUGAGGUUCUGGCCGGUGUUGGAUUCGGACCAAACUUUUACAAACAGACUGGAGGAAGUGUAAAGCAAGACUAUACAUUCGCCCACAGGAAGGGUUCUUUGGGAGAUAUGCCAAGCUCAGGCGGUGACGUGUUUUUCCACGCAAAGUGUAACACUCAGAGCAAACUUUUCGAGCUAGCCCAAUUGCUGAUGAAGAACAUGCCCGCCGGAAGUGUUGACCAGGCCGAGGACAUCUACAGCUUUGUCUUUAAGAACGGUCGUGACAUGUCUGGUUUCAUCGACGGAACAGAGAACCCGGCUGAUGACGAAUCUCGCCAAGCUGUGGCAGUGGAGCCCAGCACUGGAGGCAGUUAUGUGAUAACACAGAAAUGGAUCCAUGACUUUAAGGUGAUUGACUCAGAGAAAGAAAAGACCACGGAAGCAUGGGUAGGCAGGACCAGGGCAGACAGUAUGGAGCUCAGCCGGAAGUCUAUCACUUCACACGUGGCCAGAAUGACAGGAGGAAACGCAUAUAACCAGAAGAAAAAGUUCGAGAUGGUCCGACAGUCAAUGCCGUUCGGAACAGUAACGGGCGAGGCUGGUCUUUUUUUCAUUGGAUAUUGUGCGUCCCCAGACAAUUUGAAUUUUAUGGUUGAUCGUAUGGUCGGAGCUGGAGGUGAUGGUCACAGUGAUGACAUCAUGAGGCUAACACGGAAUUCGAAAGGAACAUACUGGUACUUCCCGGGGGCUGCUGAACUCCAGAAGCUGAGCAACUAAGCAUUUCUUCUGUCAUUGGUUAUCGAACUUGUCUUCUAAUGGUAUGGAGGUUAUUGGAACAGGAACAACUUAAUGAGCAGACGUGUUGAGGAGAAGGUUGAGGAGAAAUAGAGUGAUAAGGUUAUACGAACAUCCCUUCCACUCAUAUAGCUGUUACGUAUUACGAAAAAAAGUGCCAGAAAUCAAGGCGAUGGAGUGAUUUUCAAGACGUGACCAAAACGUAUCCGAGUGCCGGUUAUAAAAAACUGCUUUAACCCGUCACCCUAACAUCAAGAACAAACUUUUAUUGUAUACAUUUCUCAUACUGUAUGGUUUUUUCUUUAUUAUGUUUGCAUUCAAUGGAAGCCGUUACAGGUAAAACAGCAUUUAUGACAAGCGUUUAUGUGAGGUGAAUGUUGGUAUUGAUUUCAUUGUUUAUUAAUAUAUAUUUGUAAAAAAAAUAAAUAAAUAAAAAUCUGAAAGAAGAUUUUCUUCAUAGUAGUAUGAUUACAAUUCAUCAAAAGAAUACUGCACCUGAACAACUGCUAGGUGGUUUUCUUCUGAAUAGUGCAUUUAAACCUUAUUUUUGCAAAGUCAAUCUUUAAUACAAUUUAAAGUAUUUGAGUAA